AUGGAGAGCCGCAGUGAGCGGUACACUCCUCCUGCUCCCCGUGCGGCGCCCUGUCUGAGGGUGCUGCAGUGGAACGUGCAGGGCCUGCGACCCAAGCGUCACGAGGUGCUGCAGGCCAUCUUUCAGGAGGGGCUGGACUUGGUGCUGCUGCAGGAGACCCUCACGCCGGCCGACUUCACGUGGCGAGUGGCUGGCUACACCCUCCACUCGCUCUCUGCCACCGGAGAGGGGGGCCGUGGCUGUGUCACCCUCGUCAAGAGCGCCAUCCCUCACCGCAGGAUCACCGCCCCCAUGCACUGCGGGGACGGCGUGGAGACCCUGGCGGUGAAGCUCCAGCUGGGAGCGCUCUCUCUGACUGUAUACAACAUCUACAGGAGCCAGCGACACCAGCUGGAGGCAGGGGAGCUGCUCGGCCUCGCCGCGCACUCAAGUGUCUUGGUGGGCGGUGAUUUUAACUCGCACCACCCGCUCCUGCAGUCCGUCUCCCCCACCAACGCCGCGGGCCGCCACCUGGCCGUCUUACUGGAGGACAGCCCGCACGUCCGCCUCCUUAACACCUGGGGGGUGCACCCAACGCUCACCAGCGACCACUACGGGAUCGUCACCACCCUCACCGUGAUCCCGCUAGCACCCCCAUCUCCCCCUCUGAGGUGGAACAUCAGGGGAGCGGACUGGGUCAGGUUUCGGGCCACCCUCGAGGAGUGGUGGGCAGACUACCAGCCUCCCUUUGAAAUACACCAACAGGAGAGGGACCUGACUGCUGCAAUGGAGAGGGCAGCAGACGCAGCCAUCCCCAGGAGCGCCGCCACCCGCCGCCGGCGCCGCAGUUGGUGGUCCUACGACGAGGAGGUGCGGGAGCACAACCACCGCGUCAAUGUACAUAGAAAAUUGUACAAAAAGCGCCCCACCGCUACUAACCUGGGGCUGCUGCAAGAGGUUGUGGCCCGCGCGCGGCAGGUGUCCUUGCGAGCCAAAGAGAAGAAGUGGCUGGAGUGGUGCGCCUCCUACAACCAGCACACCCCCUCGGAACAGCUCCGACCGCAGCGUGACAGGGCAGUCACUGAAGCAAGCAAAGAGCCUGAUGUGACAGACAUCCCCUUCACCCAACAGGGGCUUGCCAGAGGACGGGACACGGCCGCGGGGGCAGACGGCGUGACAUACUCCAUGCUAGCUCACGCCGGGCCAGCUGGGGACGCCGCGCUCCUGGCCCUGCUCAACGCGUCUUGGCGGGCGGGCCGACUGCCGCCCGCCUGGAAGGAGGCUGACAUUCAGCCCAUCCCCAAGCCGAGGGAGCCCACUAAGCUGAGGCCUAUCUCCCUCCUCAGCUGCACUGGCAAAACAGCCGAGAGGAUGGUGCUGUCCCGCCUGCAGUGGCGCGUCGGGGGCCUCCACAACAACGUGUUCGGGUUCCCCAGGGGCCUGAGCACGGCGGACAGCAUCACCACCCUGCUUGCCCACACCAACAACCGGCCCACCAUCGCAGUCUUCCUCGACCUCGAAAAAGCAUUCGAGCUGGCCAGCCCUUACGCGAUCCUCGCAGCCCUCGGUGGCGUCCUCAGCCCGAUUUUGUUCAACCUACUGAUGGAGGAUCUGGUGGCGCUGCCCUUCCGGGAUGGCGCCGACCUCCUCAGCUACGCUGAUGACCUCGCCCUCGUCGUCACCGGGCGAGGAAACAAGCUCACCCGUGCCCAAGAAGCCCUGGACCUCAUCAGCGACAAGUGUGAGGAGCUGGGCCUCAAGAUCUCCGCUGACAAGUCCCGAGCCAUGGCCAUCAAGGUCACCACGCCCGCCUGCCAGCUGUGUCCAAGGAGUCGGACUGGCAUGGACAGACUCCUACAAGUACCUCGGGAUGUGGCUUGA